UGUUGGAAUAGAUAGGUUAUGAUAGACCUGUCUGUCUGCUAGUGGGAACUGGGGAGCUCGUUGGCAUUGCCAAGUGGCUUAUCUAAAAAUCCUUUUAAUUACAGUUUACUUAUUUAUUCCCCAUUUCAUUUUACUACCCUUUUUGUUCUAAAAUAUGUCAUCAAAUAAAAUAAUAAACGUCCUUCCUAAUGAGUCUGCUGUUAUAGAAGAGUUGUGUAAAUUAGUUGAAAAGUUAGCAAAUGAUGCCAUCAACAGGGAUGAUAUUUUUAAAAUCGGUUUAUCAGGUGGUUCAUUAGCUACAUUUUUAGCCAAAGGAUUGCCAAAAAUAGCUACAGAUUGGUCAAAGUGGAAAAUAUUCUUCUGUGAUGAAAGAGUUGUUCCUAUAGAAAGCUCUGACUCCAACUAUGGAUUGUACAAAAACUCGCUGAUAGGUGUGGUGCCUGUAAAAGAAGAUCAGUUCAUCAAGAUUAAUCCGCAUCUGCCAGCUGAGGAAGCAGCAAGGGACUAUAUACAGAAGAUGGCAGUGCACUUCUCACCAGACGAGCUACCAAGGUUCCAUCUGCUGCUGUUAGGAAUGGGUCCUGACGGCCACACUUGCUCAUUGUUCCCUGGUCACCGCCUCCUGGAUGAGAGCUCUGUGUGGGUGGCUCCUGUCACCGACAGUCCCAAACCCCCGCCAUCGCGCAUCACCCUCACUUUCCCUGUCGUCAACAAUGCUGAGUGCUGUGCCUUCGCCGUUGUUGGGCAGAACAAGGCGGAAAUGAUCAAGCGUAUCCUGAAGGACCAGGAGUGCCUGCCUGCAGGAAGAGUGGAGCCCACCAGAGGUAAAGUGUACUGGCUGCUGGACCAGGGAGCUGCCUCACACCUCAAUGGCUCGUGAUGCUUUCUCCAGUGAUCUAUGGUUCCUACUCAGCCAACUUCAGUGUCAGCUAAUCAGAUUCAGUGCUUUGGAAGUACCCAUAUGAUAGAGAGAAAACAAUUGAAUACCGGUGCUUUUACACGUUUUUAUACUGUCCAUGAAGUGCUUAAUGUCAGUUGACUAGUCAUUCCUUGAAAUUUCAUUCCAGGCUUUGUGGCCUUUAAAAUGCUGUGUAUUUUCACAUAUCAAACAUGUUUUAGCUGGAUGCAAUCUCAUAGCGUUAAAACAAUUGUUUAACUGUUAUUUUUAUAUGUAUGGUUUUAUAGUUUAUUUUGAAGUAUACAUCUUGUUAGUAAACAUAUUUUAAAAGUGGAAGUGUUGGCAGAAUAAAAUUUAUUCAUGAA